AUGGAAAAGGACGGAAAAGCCCACUCCACUAAAGACGUGGCUAGCAAGCAGCCGUCAAUAAAACAAGUUCUAAGUAAUUUUUGUGGCUAUACAACAGCACACGGACUUGGAAGAUUGGCUGAAAGCCGCACUGUUAUUCGCCGAAUAGCAUGGAGCUUGUUUUGCGUCGGGGCUUUAGUGAUGUUCGUUCUCCAGAUAAAGAAUCUUUUUCUCAUUUAUUUGAGUAGGCCUGUGGCAACAGUGGUAAACGUACAUCAUGAAAGCGUAAGUGUGAAAGACAAAGAAAGCAGAUUAAAUGCUAUAAACGGUUACGGUUAGGGCUACCACCUACGGUCACCCAUGGAUGCAAUGUAAAUCCAUAGGCAACAUAGAGACGGCAUAGACUACAAAUCGGCUUUAGUUUGAGCUGUGAUUUUGGAGCCCCGUUAUUCUAAUAAUUUGAAUAACUGGAGAGAUAAGAAACAAUAUUUUUAUUCAAUAUUUUUUUUCUUCUACUUCCAGUGAAUUUUGUUGUUAGUUUGGAUCCGGCUCGUGAUAUUGGGAAAAUCAAUGAAACGCAGUAAAUUUACAAAUAACAGUAUCGUCCGUGUCAAUGUUAUCAUCCCCUAAAUUUACCUCACGUCAAGCAACUGAAAAUUUAAGUAAUAUUCAGUUGCUUUUAUGGGUAGACACGUUAUUUUAAAGACCGUUGAAACGUUCGCAGUUUACUUAAAAGAACUCAGACACGUUCCAACACCAAGGGAAAAGUAUGUAAGCAACUUGUUACAAUCACUCUCUUGAUGGUUGUAAUGCAAAGUCUUGAAACAGAUCGUACAGAGGCAGAAUUGAUAUUAUUUAUUAAGUAGUUUCACCCUGCUCUGAGCGAUUUUUAAAAUCCUAUUGGGGAAUAUAAUCCAGUAUAACUAGAAAUAUUUCAUUCUAGUAUGUAAACUUUCUUAUUCGUAAUUGUUAAAAUAUUCUUAUUCGUAAUUUUAAAAUAAUAUUCAGGGUGUGUUUAUUGGUGUCGAAGCAUUUUUUAAAAGUAUAUGUUAGUGUAAAACUCUCGAUAUUCGAGUAAUUUAUACCAAUAAUACAGAAAAAAAUGUUAAUGUGUAUCAUGCCAUGUUGUUGAAUGUUGCAAUAAGUAUGACGUAUCCUAAUAUAAAGUUUUGUUCAAUAUUUGAGUGACGUUGCAGCUUGUUAAAUGAUAAACAUUUAACAAUUCAAUGUUUGCUGUUCAACAAGUUGAACUUGCUAAAGGGCGAAAUAAGGCCCAGCUUUAUUCUCUCAUUCAACAACAUUCAACAUGUGAAACUAUGGCCUCUUGCAAUUUUCAGUACCAGGCUUGGUACAUUUUUAUCACUUUUUAACCGCGUGUUUUCUCGCGUGCUCGUAAGUUGGGAGCAUUUAGAGAGAUUUAAUGUCGUUUUACUUUAGUUUUCCUCAUGUCUACACUUUAGUUAGUAGCUUUUUUGCCAGCCGAGUUUCAUCAAUAAGAAUUAUUAUUAUUAUCAGCUCAUUUUCCUAAUAUGAGAAUUGUCAACUGCAAUCUGACGUUCGUCGUUUGCCACAAACCUGACUCUAAAUCUCGGUCUCUCGGUUGUCUGUGAGAGAAUGAUUGAUGAGAAGAAUAUGAUGAUGGACGGUUUGUUGCCGUAGAUUUCCUAAUUAAAGAAAAUUCACCGAAAAUAGACGCUGAAAACCCUUCAAUGUUGUUGUCUAUGUAUAUAAAAAAAAAUCAUGCNAGGCCCAGCUUUAUUCUCUCAUUCAACAACAUUCAACAUGUGAAACUAUGGCCUCUUGCAAUUUUCAGUACCAGGCUUGGUACAUUUUUAUCACUUUUUAACCGCGUGUUUUCUCGCGUGCUCGUAAGUUGGGAGCAUUUAGAGAGAUUUAAUGUCGUUUUACUUUAGUUUUCCUCAUGUCUACACUUUAGUUAGUAGCUUUUUUGCCAGCCGAGUUUCAUCAAUAAGAAUUAUUAUUAUUAUCAGCUCAUUUUCCUAAUAUGAGAAUUGUCAACUGCAAUCUGACGUUCGUCGUUUGCCACAAACCUGACUCUAAAUCUCGGUCUCUCGGUUGUCUGUGAGAGAAUGAUUGAUGAGAAGAAUAUGAUGAUGGACGGUUUGUUGCCGUAGAUUUCCUAAUUAAAGAAAAUUCACCGAAAAUAGACGCUGAAAACCCUUCAAUGUUGUUGUCUAUGUAUAUAAAAAAAAAUCAUGCAAACAAAUCGACUCAAAAAGAAAAUAACAAUGAAAAUAUUACUAAUAAUAAUCAUGAUAAUGAUAACGAUAAUGAUAAUGAUGAUGAUAAUGAUAAUGAUAAUAAUAAUAAUAACAAUAAUAAAUAGAUCCAUUUGUUAAAAGUCAAUUUUCAACAUCUCAUUUGUUGAACAAGAGCUGUAUAAAACUAAUUUUGUCGUGUUGUGCCAAAACGAUUGUUCUGUCACAAUUCUUCUACUUUUUAAAACUUUUAACUGUAUUUUACUCCCUUUAUAGCGUGUUAGCUUUCCAGCCGUAACAAUCUGCAACUUAAACAUGAUCCGUUUAGAUAAGCUUCCCCACGACUUCAUCAGUACGCUUCUAGAAGAACUGAAAGGCGAAGGUAUGGAUAGUCCCCAAUAUCUAACGUUUCAUUAUAAUUAAUAACUCUGUUGAUUUAGAUUUAUCUUUUUAAAGUUUAAAACUUUUACGUUUUUUUAAAAUUUUUAUUUAUUAAUAGCAAAAUGCGUUACAUAGCGCAGUUCUAAUUUUCUCCCCACCCAACUGACUGCCCCUGGGUCUGGGGUGACCUUGGAUCUGUUCGCCCAGAGUGUUCGAGAGAAAAUAUAAACUAUGUGUUAUGAUAACAGCACGCUCGACGUGCCGUGUACUGCGAAAUAUCUUGGUCUGUAAUCAUUCCAUACAGACUAAUUUUCUUAAGGAACAAGAUGCAAGUUAGGCGGUUGGGGUUAGGGUUAAAAAUAAAUCAAAAAACCUACCAUUGUGAACAUGACACUUAUAAUUUAGCUUUGAAUUAGGCUUUUUUAACUAUCUUUCUAUUUGUGUAGUCAUCUCAGCGAUUCUUUUUCGUUAUAGGACAAGAUACGCAAUCGAACGGUUCUCACGCAGCCUCCCUUCUGUCAGGUGCCACUACAGGCCAGCCUGAAUCAACAGCAAAUCCUUCUGCUCCUGGCAGCGUUUCAACAACAGAUGAAGCUAUUACUACUCCAAACAAUGAUGUUACCACUGCUACAAACCCUAGUGGAAAUGCACCCACAGGGACUUCUCAAACUGACGCUACUGCGUUCCCCAAUGGUGCUACAACAAAUCCCGCCUCUGAUAGUGCUACAACUUCUACAGUUGGCGAUGACGUAACCACUGGUACAGACCCGGGGGGAACGGGACCUACGGGCACCCCUGAUGAUGCCGCUACUACGUUACCCCACGGAGGAGAGUAUAAUUACGAUUAUGACGACUACUACUUUUAUGACUAUGACUACGAUUACGAUUACUAUUAUAACGAUGGCUUUGGAGCAGAGAGUAAAGAUGAAGAAUACGCCAUUGAAGAAGCUAUUCGCGCUGAGUUGGCCCUUCAAAACGAUUCCUUCAUCUUCGAUAUGGGGCACCAGUUUGAGGAUUUGGUAUUCGAGUGUUCUUUCAGGGGAUAUGAUUGCAAGUAUGUUGUCUUUUACUAAAAGACGUUUAGCACUUGCAGAUUAAACAAUGGAUCAAUCAGUUCAGUCUGCGUUAGAGGCAUACCGCCUCUGAGGAACUUCCAGAUGUCACAAUAGGGCCAUUUAUACGAGGAAAAAUAAGACGCGUCUUAAAUAAGACGCGAACUGUACCAUUUAUACGAGCAUGUAUAAUCUAAGACGAGAACAGCUCGUAUAAAUGGUUCGCGACUUAUUUCUGUUCUUGACUCGUUUUCAUGUUAAUGUUGCCCGUAGCAACGGCAACCAACAAGGCGCGAAAAUUUUCCCGCCAAAAAUUAACGCAUGCGUACCAUGCGUUCGUGUCUUAUGUAAGACGCGAAGGUCAUUUAUACGAAGUUUUUCUCGUCCUAGCUAAGACGCGUCUUAUCUAAGAACAGGUGUUAGGGGCUGUUCUAAAAUAAGACGCGUCUUAGCUAAGUCGCGUCUUAUUUUAGACGAAAUGUGCCGUUUAUACCGAAAGUUCGUGUCUUAUGUAAGACGCGUCUUAUUUUUCCUCGCAUAAAUGGCCCUAUUGUCUGUAGUGCGCGGUCUACAAUGAAGCAGUUGCGAUACAUUAAGAUAUAUAAGCCAGUUAGUGGUAAAGGGGAUAAGGGGAGAUCAGAACGUCAGAUCAGAUAANGUACCAUUUAUACGAGCAUGUAUAAUCUAAGACGAGAACAGCUCGUAUAAAUGGUUCGCGACUUAUUUCUGUUCUUGACUCGUUUUCAUGUUAAUGUUGCCCGUAGCAACGGCAACCAACAAGGCGCGAAAAUUUUCCCGCCAAAAAUUAACGCAUGCGUACCAUGCGUUCGUGUCUUAUGUAAGACGCGAAGGUCAUUUAUACGAAGUUUUUCUCGUCCUAGCUAAGACGCGUCUUAUCUAAGAACAGGUGUUAGGGGCUGUUCUAAAAUAAGACGCGUCUUAGCUAAGUCGCGUCUUAUUUUAGACGAAAUGUGCCGUUUAUACCGAAAGUUCGUGUCUUAUGUAAGACGCGUCUUAUUUUUCCUCGCAUAAAUGGCCCUAUUGUCUGUAGUGCGCGGUCUACAAUGAAGCAGUUGCGAUACAUUAAGAUAUAUAAGCCAGUUAGUGGUAAAGGGGAUAAGGGGAGAUCAGAACGUCAGAUCAGAUAAAGAUAGUUAACGAUAGGAUCUGUGCGAUAAAAAUUCUGCAAUUAAGAGAAUAGCCCUGCUCGGAACCUAUAAGUGGCAAACUUCUACAUUAAAGUAAUAAAUAUAAUUAAAAAUUAAGUAUUUCUACUCUGAUUUUUCUAAUAGCAAGCGUAAUAAUGAGUCAAAGUUAUGUGUUUUUAAAGUUAUGAAGCAUGAUCUUUCGCUUUAAUUUCAGAAACUAUUCAAAAUAUUGGAACUUCCUUUGGGAUUCUCGGUAUGGUAACUGCUAUACAUUCAAUGGAGGAAUCACCAAUGAAGGCGAAAAACAACGGGUCCUUCAAUCUUACGUCACGGGACCAACCGGCGGUAAUCAAUAUGUCUUUUCUGAGUAUACAGUCAACUCUCUCUAAGACGGACACCUUUGAGACCGACACUAAGUGUCUGUCUUAGAGAGGUGUCCGUCUUAUAGAGAGUCAAAUAAAGGGAGUAAAGAAAGGCAGGGACCAACUGUAAGUGUCCGUUUUACAGAGGUGUCCGUUAAGAGAGAGUCGACUGUAUUGUCUAAUUUUAUCAAAAGAUUAGUUUGAAAACGUUGAUCGUCAAUCAGCUGUCUCAUUUAUUGCCCUCUCAGGAGUAUUUUUGGCGGGAAAAAGCUUUGUUUUAUUUCUAUAGCUAUUUCAAGAGCUGCUCGAGUAGUGUUGAAAAAUACUGCAAUAAAGGACUAAUAUUGUAAGAAGGGCGGCUAAAUACUAACAUUUGUUUCAUUAGCUGCGUAAGUAUAUUGGCCGCGCUAAUGUUUGGAUCGCUGAAUUGAUCAGAGGGAGCCGGAAUUAGGAAUAUUAACGUCCAUUUUAAUUAUUCUUGACGAUGGCCAAUCACGUUAUUUGCAAAAAUUGUCGAUAAUACACAUUGCUGAGCACCAUUUAAAGACGAAACAUCAAAUUGACUGGGACUCUGCAACAUAUAUAACGUAUUCUACAGACUACCAUCAACGUCUUACUUUAGAAAGCUGGUUUACUAACUUAGAACAAACGCCAUUGAAUCGUAGCCAACAGUUACCAGCGCCGUACAAACGACUUAUUGACGAGAUCAAGCAAAACUAACUACGAGAGAACAACUGGAGAACUGACAAUUUGACUAACAAUAGACGACUGUUUAACUGUGACAAUAGACGGAUCGAAACGCACCAAUCACUGAUUACGAGUCUUCAUAGCCAAUAACAUCACGGCCUAACUGACAGACGACCAAUAACAUCGCGACAUAAUUGACCAAUCAGAUCAAUAACCAGAGUAUAAUACCAUCAACUGACGUGAUACAACUCACUUUGACUCUGAAGAUGACUACUGCACAGGUUGUCGAAACGUCAGUCACUGUCAAAAACAACAGUCCUAUUCAGGACUACGUUCACCCGGACGAUCAAACUCAACCUAUUGUCGAUAAUACCAAGCUUUGUCUGACGCUGUUAUGAAUCAGUCUUAGAGCGGUUUUCAUUUGAGUGUCGAAAAGUAAUUGGUUUUGCACUUUCUACACGAUGCGAUUGGCUUAAAAGAUUCGCGCCACCUUUUCAUCCAAUCAGAAGUAAAACCAAAGCCAAUUGUGACGCGCUCGCAUGCAUUUUCCCGCGCUUUGCGUCAGCCACAUGUAAUUACUUCGAGUUUUGAUUGGUUCAAUGUAUUGUCUGUGUCCUAUGUGAUUGGCCAGAGUNCAAUACAUCCCCGAAAUUAGUGACACGGCAGGAGCUAGAGUGGUGAUUCACGAACAAGGACAAGUUCCCUUUCCUUACAAUGAAGGCCACAGUGUGCUUCCGAGCAGAUCUACAUCAUUUGGAAUACGGCGGGUAGGCAACGCUGUGAUAACCAUUAUCAUAGAUAAACUGUUCACAGUAACACGCGUGAAAAACGCAGUGCGCAUGCGUGCCUUCCCUGCUUCCGGCGCAAAUUUGCAUGUGCCUCCCCUAAUCGAAAUUAUACGCGAUACCAAAACAAACUAGAUUCCGGCCGCGAAAUUCAAAAAAGUACGCUCCACACACAAAAGAUAAGCUUAGAAUUUCACGAACACAAAGUUUAUUAAUUGCUUUAGUUUCUCUCUUUUGCACCACAUACUUUCCUCCUUGCACCAAAGGCGAAAAUCAUGUUUGAAAGUCCACGCUCGCUCUGGCAGCACUUCGCCGUAGCCAUUGUUGCUGUUUUGGUCAUUAUGUCGCUGAGCUCGGUCAAUGCGAACAACGAAAACGACCAAUGCAUGCUAAGUGGAAAAACAAGGACGGAAAAACCUUGUCCUGGACGACUUUACCAGUUAGUUAAGUUAGUUUAAGUAAUUUUUUGUUGUGCUUAAUACUAGAACCGGCUGCAAACCAUUAAACACAUCAAACGUUCCUAAGUGUUUUUCAAUUUAAAUGGGGAAGAUUUUGCAAACUUUAAUUAUUGAAAAUAGAGACCUUGCGCAUGCGCAGACGUUUUGCACGCGUGUCGUUCACAGUCCCCUAUUUUUUCGUGAGAUCGUCGAGAUAUAGCGCGUCUUACCGUUAAUGGCGGCCAUCUUGAUUUGUAAAUAUACCGAGGGGGCGGGCGUCGGGGAUUAUAGCCCCGCCCCCUAAGUAGUUUUGACACUCAUGCAAGAUGGCAGCCCGUAACGGAAAGCGCUCGAUCUCGACGAUCUUACGGAAAAAUAGAGGACUGUGAACAGUCCACUGUUUCAUUAACUUUAUCAACGACCAGCUGAAAGUGCAGGUUUAUGUCCUUUCAGAAUGUCUUGAUUUUCCAUGCUCGAGUCCAAAAUAUGUUCUACUAUAAGCCAUUUUGCUGCUAGCUUUUCGAUGCUUUAAUUGGUUCUGUUCCAUCUGGAAUUUUCCUCAAAAGUAGCUUGAGCGACGUCAUAACGCGUAACCAUAGUAACGGAAUACCACUUAAAAUGUUAAGAUAUGUCUGACGCAAGUCUGACGAAUAAAGUCAAUAAAUGAACCGCUAAUUUAAAAAGAGUUCCAAUUCUGACUUACAUCAUUUUUUAGGAGAGUGGCAUCUCCUCCCUCUUAUACACAAGGGUCAAGAUUCCGUGAAAUGGAAGGGGAGAGACGAGUGUACUCAAAUUGCCUGGCCAAGAACUAAUUUUCGCUUAUGUUCAACCGCAAACGUAGCUCAGCAUCUUCAGCUUUAUUGUUACAAAUGUGAACAACAGACACAGAGAAUUUUCCGAAAUAACGUUUAGAAAUAAUGGAUAGUUCUGAAACAAGGAGGCUUUUCAUCAUGAGUUUCAAACUUUGUAACUUUUAUUGUUUGACCUUAGACCGUUAUAGAGAGGGAAGAUCCGUUCGGCAAUGGAAGUUGUGUUUCGGAGAGUGCUCUAAAUGGCAAAAACUUGUACGCCAAAAAAUACAACGCUUCGUACUCUAAACAGGUAAAAAAACCAACAACGUAAAAGAUAUUUAUUAAUUGCUAAAAGGUAUUAAAAGAUAUGGUUGAUCAGAUGAUAGGAUUUUGCAGUUAGCCAAUUACAACAAGAAUACAUCAGUUGGGACGUGGUGACAGGCUGAAUUCACAAGGUAUUACGCCGGGGCAAUUUAGGCUAUUAUUAGUAUGAACACCUAUCUGAUAUGUGACUCUUCACUUUAGAGAUCGGUGCGGAGCAGCUUCGCUCUGUUACAGAAAUUGCGUCGAAAUCACGGUUCUCGUGUGUCACGGAACAGAAGCCGUGACUGGUAUGGUUUUCUACCUUAUUAAAAGAAAUUAACGCUCCAUGAAAUUAACGCGAAUCGUUAAAAUUCGCGUUAAUUUAAGUCGCGUUAACUUUGUUGAGCGUUGAUUUCCGCGACGUUAACUAAGUGCAGCGUUAAUUUCCGCGCUCUUAAUUUCCAGUAUCUUAACCCCAAUUUUCGAACCUGUCCAGACAUUCUUGACGCCUAAAAAACAUUAACUACAAGCUUUCUUUCUUUCCAUUUACCCUUUAUUUUUCAUCUUUCACAAAAGCUAGGGCGAAGGUUUACAACAUGUAUGUCAAUAUCUUCUACUUCGAUUUCGCGUAAUUAAUCGCGUUAAUUUCCUUUAUUAUGAAAUUCUACUUCCUCUUCCGCGUUAAUUUUCUUUAUUCGAAAGUCGUUUUCGAUUAAAUUCGCGUUAAUUCAAGUGGCGUUAAUUUCCGAUACCUUAAUUUCAUGGAGCGUUAAUUUCCUAUAAUAAGGUAUCCGAUAUAGUAUGAACGUAGCCUUAACGGUCACCCUCCAGUUACUAGAGCGUGACAGACUCUCAAUGCCCCUUUGAUCCCAUUUUAAUUUUUCAAAUUAAUUACUGGACAUUUUUAUUCUAAAUUAUUAGUGUUCCGAAUUCUUGUCCGCACCUUUCAUGCACAACAUUUCUAGACCAGUUAAUAAUUGCUGUCUAUCCCGCUUGUUUAGGCCUGUAUGAACACUUGUCACGCGGAUAAGCAGAUAGCAGAUUGUGGAUGCGCCGAAGGCCAGUUCCCUACAGAUGCAGAUAUUUGCAAUUUGCGUAACAAAACUAUAGGUAAAUGUGUUUAAAUUGUUAUUAUCUGUAGCCCUAUCAAACUCCAUCGGUUUCGCCACUUCAAGCUUCCAAGGAACAUUAUGUAGAAUCAAAUUGUUAUUUAAUCAUCAUAAUUAAAUAGAAAGGAUGCGUUAUAAAUUAUUGGUAUUAUUAUUAUAAUUAUAAUUAUUAUCAUCAUCAUCAUCAUCAUCAUUAUUAUUGUUGAUAUUGUUAUUUGUAUAAUAAAUCCUUAUUACAAUAAGUUUAGCAGAAACAUUUUCUUAUCUGUUUUUCCAACAGCUAAGUGCCUGGAGAAAAUACAACAUAAGCUGCUUACAGGAGAACUCGACUGCGAGGCUCAGUGUCCAACACCAUGCAGGUAAUUCAACUAUUAAAUGUAAAGAAUAUUUUUUGUUCACGAAGAUUAAAAAUCGACCUUAUCCACAUACAACGCCCUCCCUUUUCACUUUAAUCGAUUAUUAAUUAAUCAGCAUUUGCUCUAAUUACAAAGUUGCUUAGAAUUUUCGGAAGACUUUCAACGAUAUCAGUCUGAAAUCUUCUGAUUUUCUGCAAAGAAAAAAUAAUUGGCCAGAAAUACAUUUACAUGGAAGUCGACAAUAUACUCACGGUUACCCUUUUCUUUGAUAUGUUGUAACGAUUAAAACAUGUGUCACUCAGUUUUGUUUUCUCAUAGAGAAGUUCAAUACAAGAGCACCCUUUCAAUGGGUCACUGGCCUUCCUUUGGAUAUGAGGUAUUUCCUUAUUAUUAUACCCUCCCUUUCGGAAUCCUUUAAGCAUUAAUAUUCACAUAAUUUGUAGAUUUAGUCAAGGCCAAAAGCCAUGUCUUUCUACCGUACAGUACAGUACAGUACAGUACAGUUCAAAUCCUCCAGUCGGUAAGCCUGUUACCAUGGAGUUGCACUGGCGACUACACGGUCGACCAGAGUAGCGAAACCACUCUUAUCUUGUGUAGACCUCUUUGCCUGAAGCCAUUCAACUUUCGCCGAAUCAAAAAGCAAACUGAAUUCCUUCUGAAAAAUGGACCUGAGCCAACAAUUAAUAGAUAACCAAUAACUGUUCAGAGAAGAACUUAAAAAAUACGUGACCUCAAUGAAUCGUACGCCUGAGCUUCGGAUGCAGUCAUGUGACACUGGUCAUUGGAUAUCCUAUUUUGAUGGAUUUUCAAUAGUCAAAUUAAGACCUCGGAUUCCCAGCUAGAAAGUUUUUCAUUUCACAUCCGAUAACUAUAAAAGGAGUGGACGUACGGACGGACGAUUUUGUCAAAUUUUAUUACCCAUGGUGCUCUACUGCAAAUACUCCAGACUGAUCUCCAUAUAUUUUCCAAAAUGAUUAGUUAAAGGAAUUUAUUAAAAGAUUCCAGUAUUUUCUUGAUGAAUGUGUCGAUAAUGUUAGGAAAAAAUUGAUCUUGGUUACUGACUCCCUAGACUUAAAGGGUUAAUGGUAUUGUCCAGUCAUCAAAUUUCUCUUUUAACAGAUUAAACUUUACCUAGAACGCUAUAUUAAACGCUGAAAAUUGAAGAUGUUAAGAAGGCUGUGUUCCGUGUGGGCAGUGUGGUGAAGAACAAAAAGCCUUCAUCGCGUCCUUUCGCCUUUUUUCCCGGCGAAUUUCGAAAGGUUUUGCAAUUUAUGAAAGUCGACUUUAGCAACCCAAAAAAUUGCGUGUCUUACAACGCCCGAGCUUCGUCAUAUGAAAUCAUUAGUUUUAACACGUUGUUCUUCAAUUAUAUAUAUCUAUAUUAUAAAUCUGAUCCUUCCAAAUUCACAGAAAUGCUAAGUGCUUUGUGGCCUAAAAAAAAUUAAUAUUUACUCAAAUUUUUCUUAGCAAAAACCUUUAGUUUAAAUAGUUAUCAAACCUUAACAUUUUGUUUGUGUUUAUUGCAGUCCAUCCUCGAAAGUCGAGUUAAGACCGAUUCCACCCUAGCAAAAGAAUUGGAUAAUGGAUACUUCUUAAGGUAA